UUAUAUCUUCCUCCCAGCAGGGGGCAGUGCAGCAGCGUUGCUUCCAGGUGGAACUCCUGCUAACAAUGGCAGCCUCGUCGGAGUUACAGCUGGAUCACCUCCCCUCAGACCCGCUUCUCCACGUCCUGUCCUACCUGAGCUUCAGAGACCUGGUCCACUGCAGCUACGCCAGUAAGAGGCUCAAUGAGCUGUCCAAACACAACCCGCUAUGGAAACGUCACUGCUGCAAACACUGGUUGCUGACAGAUGCUGACCGGCUGCAGCGGGGCCUGUCCUGGCACGGCCUCUUUAAGCUCUACUACUCGGAUCUGGGCCGGUACAUUCAGUACUACGUGGUGCUGAAGAAAGCCUGGGAGAAGCUAAAAAGCUUCCUGCAGCAGAGAUGUCCUCGUAUGAUUGUUUCACUCAAAGACGGAGCCACAGAGGGAGAGCUAGACGACAUCGAGGCUCAGAUCAGGUGUAAACUUCCAGAUGAUUACCGCUGCUCGUACCGGAUCCACAACGGCCAGAAACUGGUGAUCCCAGGGCUGAUGGGCAGCAUGUCCCUGUCCAACCACUACCGCUCGGAGGUGCUGCUGGACGUGGAGACGGCAGCCGGAGGCUUCCAGCACAGGAAAGGGAUGAGACGCUCCCUACCGCUCACCUUCUGCUUCCACACCGGCCUCAGCCAGUAUGUGGCGCUGGAGGACGCCGAGGGACGCAAGAAAGGAGAGAGCUUCUACCCCUGCCCUGAUCAAACUGCUCAGGAUCCAUCAGCCAUCGAUAUGUUCAUCACAGGCUCCAGUUUCCUUUACUGGUUCAACACCUACGUCAACAACGUUGUUACAGGAGAAUAUCCCAUCAUCAAAGACCAGAUCUUCAGGUAUACGCAUGAAACAGGCUGCGUGGCGACCACUGGUGACAUCACAGUCUCCGUUUCUACCUCCUUCCUGCCGGAGCUGUCAUCAGUCCACCCGCCGCACUUCUUCUUCACCUACCGCAUCAGGAUCGAAAUGUCCAGAAACGCUUCCCCUGAUGCUGCGUGUCAGCUGGACAGCCGCUACUGGAAAAUCACCACCUCUGACGGAAACGUGGAGGAAGUUCAGGGUCCGGGUGUAGUCGGAGAGUUUCCAGUCAUGACGCCUGGAAAGGUUCACGAGUACGCCAGCUGCACCACCUUCUCCACCCCGUCAGAGUUCAUGGAGGGUCACUACACCUUCCACAGGCUAGUCAACAAGGAAGAAGUUUUCCAGGUGGCCAUCCCUCGCUUUCACAUGGUCUGUCCUCCAUACAGAGAGCCGGAGUCUCGAACACAGAAGGCUUCGACCAGCCACACGACUCCCAAUGAUAACGAUGGCAAAGACGACGAUGAUGAUCACGACAGAGGAAGGUUCGGUGGUCUGAGAGGUAUCAACAUCUCUGCCUUGGAGGGUUCGCGGUGCCCCAAAUUCACCUGACCUGCUGACGGAGCUGCAGCGCUAACAAAGAGCCAUAAACUAUAACUCAAACUGAAUCACUUGAACUUCCAGUUGCCAAACUACAUCUGAUUCCUGCAGUGUUUGCAGGAGAAGCUCCUUCGAUCUGUUAUUUUUUCCUUUUUAAGAAUAACGACCAGAUUUAGGUUGAAGACACAGAAGAAACAAUCCGUUUCUGAUCUAGUCGAUGCUGAAGACUCCUCAUCGUACGGCGAGAACAAACCAAAGCUUUGGUUUAUCGUCAGAGCUGUAGAGGCUUUUCAUCUCGUUACAGACCAAGUUUAUUCCUGAUCCAAACAUCUUCUAACAUUCCUAAACCUGAAGAGAAACGGAAAUACGUUGGAUGUUUUAUAUUUUUGCUUUAAAAACAGAUUACACGCCUUCCCCUGAGAGAAAAGAAAGUUAAACAGGUUUAGAAGUCAGAUCCCACUCGGGUGAUUUGCUUUUAAUUUGCCAUCUAGUGGAUAAGCACAGUAUUACACCCUUGUUUGCUUCCCAGAUUAGUUUUUUUUUCCUGUGAUGUUGGGUCUUGAUAAGCUUUGAUGCUUUUUUUAAGUUUAUUUCUUUAAGUUUUCAAACCAAACAGUAAAAGUCACGUUUUCAAGUCAAUAUGUGGGCAAGAAAUGAGCAGAACUUUGGUUUCGGGAGUUAAAUGCAGAUUAUAUUGAUGUUUUUUCAUAUAUAUAUAUGAUAUAGACAAUGAGGAGAAGUGUGCUGAUUUUGAUGAGGUUUUGGGUUUAAGUGUUGCUGGGUUCUAUAAAACUUUCUGGUUUUGUUUUGGUUGGAUGCAGAAUGGCGGCGGAUUUGUUUUUCUAUGUUCGGGUCAAAUAAAAACACAUUCUGUGAA